AUGGGAAAUACUCAGGGGAAACCGGUGAACUGCAAUGAUGCGGUCAACCUCAACCAUUUCCGCCUCUUGCGAGUCGUCGGAAAGGGUGCAUUCGGAAAAGUUCGAAUUGUGGAGAGGAAGGAUACUGGACUCACAUUUGCCCUGAAAUAUAUUCGCAAAGAAGAAGUGGUUCGUUCGGAAAGCGUACGGAAUAUCAUUCGCGAACGGAGAAUGCUCGAGCAUUUGAACCAUCCAUUCCUUUGCAAUUUGCGUUAUAGCUUUCAGGACAUGGAGUACAUCUAUAUUGUGGUCGAUCUGAUGAACGGCGGUGAUCUACGAUUUCAUAUCUCACGAAAAUGCUUUACCGAGGACGCGGUGCGGUUCUGGAUGGCGGAAUUGGGUUGUGCUCUGAAGUACAUCCACUCACAGGGCAUCAUUCACCGUGAUCUAAAACCGGACAAUGUGCUAUUGGAUUCCGAAGGACAUGUUCACUUGGCUGACUUCAACGUGGCAUCGGACUUCCGACCGGGCAAGCCUCUUACAAGCAAGUCAGGAACAUUAGCCUACUUGGCACCAGAGGUCUAUGAGGGAACUGGGUACUACUUUGAGGUCGACUGGUGGUCAUUAGGUGUGACUUUUUACGAGUGCAUCUACAACAAGCGACCGUUUGAAGGCCGGAGCCAGGAUACCCUGAGUGAAAACAUCAAAAAGGCACAACCGAAAUACUACGUCACCAACCCUGCAGUCUCAGUUGCCUGCUUGCGCGCGCUGGGCUCGUUGAUGGAAAAAGAUCGGAGUCGCCGAAUCGGUGCCAUUGGCUUUGAAACUUUUACCCAGCACAUGUUCUUUGCCGAGAUCGACUUCGAAGCCCUUGAGCGCAAACAGAUCCCACCAGUGUUCCGACCAUCAAGCGAGAAGACCAACUUCGACGCGACAUACGAUCUGGAAGAACUUCUCCUUGAAGAAGCGCCCCUCGAAGCUAGAGCGCGCAGACAAAAGCCGCGUGCGGAGCUAAGAGAGGAUGCCACGGCAAAGGAAAUCCGGGAGGAUGAGCUCCAUCGCUUGAUUGAGACGAUGUUCGAGCCGUUCGAUUACACCUUGACCGACUACCAAGGCAAUGCCGCAGAUGCUAUUGCCGGUGUAGUAAACCCUGAGGACUGCCUUCCGGGCACAACAACCUCAACGACACACGCUCGUCAAUUGUCCCAGCCUGAUCAAUCUGGUCAAAUAACUUCUCCCAUCCAACACGACGCCUCUAGUAUCCGCGUUCCGCCCUACGAAAAUAUGCAUUCGGUCGGCGAGGCCCUCACACCCAACGAUUCCACGCCUGUUCCGCAUCCACCUUCCCCUUCCACCGGCGUAUCUCCCUCACCACCACCUGCCCCAUCCUUCCACCGGCCUCUACCUCACGCCCCUCGCCCGCGCGGGGCUACACGUCAAAUGAGCAAGAGCGGAGGCGUACAAAUGGUUCUGAACGAGGCUGGUAGCUGGAGCGAACUGGCCCACAGUUCAACACUCCCCGCCGAAGGACUAGAGGGUGCUGACGACAAGGGCAAGCAAGCCAAUGGAAUGAUGUCAUUCUUCAGUCGGAAGAAGGGUCGUGACCGCAGUCCCAAGCCCACUGAGCCUGGUGUUCUGGGUAAAGAGGGAGCGAGACAGAUCAUCAGCUGA